AUGGCAUCUCACAGUCAUGCACCACUUGCUCUAUCCUCACUUGCAGUGGUGCCUUCAAUUCACUCUGAUCUUGAUACAUUCAAGAUGGAGUAUCACCCAAAAUCUGGUCACACAACCUCCAUAGAGACUUUCUUGACAUUUGGAUGCAAGCAAGAUCAACACCCUCCCAUCAUUGAUGAAGAGCCUUGGCAGCUGUUCAGUUGCUGUGCAGACUUCGAGUUUGCUGAACUUGUGCACAAUGCUGCCCUGAACAAAGACCACACAGAUGUGCUGUUGCAGCUCAUCUGGAGAAUCAUUGAUGGUCAAGCAAGACUUUCCUUCAAGUCCCACCACAAUGUUUCAGCAGCCUGGGAUAGGGUGGCUGGUCAGAUUACACCUUUCGAGAAGCAUACUAUCACAGCCCGGCAUAAACAGGAGGACCUUGUGUUUGAUGUAUAUACAUACCCAUUGUGGGACUGGGCCUUGGACUUGUUACUGGACCCACUGCUGGUGCCGUACUACAUUUGGGAUGCACAGCAGUUAUAUAAACAUGAUGGGAUCUGUUAUGAGUGUUUCCUCCAUGAACCUCGGACUGCAGAUCAUUGGUGGAAUGUCCAAGUAUGA